AUGGCCGACAAGCCGCAGGUCCUCUACAUGGGCUUGACCAGGAUUUCUGGGGAGGACUUGAAGGAACAGUUGGGACGCUUCUUUAAGCGAGGUACUUAUGACCUCCUGAGGAAGAACUGCAACUCUUUCACUGAUUGCGCCUUGUUCUUCCUGCUGGACUCGCGACUGGACCCGGGCUAUCGAGGUCUGGAGCAGUUGGGGCACAUGGCGGAUCGGCAAGCAGGUAUCGUUCAGGCAAUCACAGAAGGCGGCUACCGUCCCAAUCCGAACGCAGAUAAAUUCAGCGUGGAGUUCACGAUUUCUGAAAUCGACAAGAUCAAGUCGUCAUCGGCUUUUGGACUGCGGUGA